UCUACACACACACACACAGAAUUUAACUUACAUUUCUUCAAUAGUAGUCCAUACACCAAUAGAUAUGGCUCGGUUUCUUGUAUUUCUUGCUUUAGCCCUUGUAGUUACAGCUCUCUCAAACGACGCGUUGGGUGCUCCUCCUUCCUGUCAAACUGUUACAACGCAGCUGGCUCCUUGUCUAUCGUACAUUCAACGUAGUGCAAAGGGCGGUGAUAAUCCAUCAGUACCUUGCUGUACUGGUAUAGAUAACAUAUAUCAACUUGCUAAAACCAAGGAAGACCGAGUCGCUAUCUGCAACUGCUUAAAAACCGCAUUUAUUCAUGCUGGAAAUGUCAAUCCCACUCUCGUUGCUGAACUCCCCAAGAAAUGUGGCAUUUCUUUUAAUAUGCCUCCUAUUGAUAAAAACUACGACUGUAAUACGAUUUCUAUGUACUGAUGAUGAAGGGGUAGCUAUUGAUCUCGGCAGCUGCUCAAACACUGACAAAUUUAUGAAUAAAACAUAUAUAGACGUUGUGUCUGAAAUCUGAAAGCUAUUAGAUCCACUGUAAACUUCAAAUGUAUGCAGAUGGUUAAAUGUUGAAUAUGAUAUAUAUAAAUUUGGUUAAUGCCUCUAGUAUUCU